AUCUUAUCAAAUUCAACUGGAAUUUGUUGUUGUUACUUGUUCAAAAUUCCAAUUUGUUCACCAUUUUCCAUAUUUUGGUAUUUAAUUCAUUUUAUUAUAAGAUCUCAUAUUCACUAGUGAAGUGUUCUCAUUUCGUGUGAUCAGUGAAUCCAUCAUCAUUGCACACGAAGCUCAUUAUUUUACAAUGUUGGUGUCAAAUAACUGUAUCUGAUCACCUCAGCUUCAGCUGGCGAUUUCAUCUAUAAAAAUGCAACCAUUGUACAAUGUAUUAGUUAAACUAACUGUGGUGACGAUUUUCUUCAUCUUAUUUUAUUAUUACGUUCCCCUCAAACAAUUCAGAAUGCUAGACAUCAAGCGUAAAGUGAUCCAAGAGUCAGAGCUGGUCAUCGAUUCGAUUUCAAACCAGUCAAGUGAACCACCCAUAUACAUCUGGUGUAUAAUGUUGAAAAUUGACGAUUACGAUUCACUUUUAUUACGAAAGCUCGAAGGAUUCUCAAAUUCUAUUCUGCAACAUACCAAACAUCACAUCUCAUUGAAUAUUCUAACUGACGCUAAGAGUCGCAGCUUCGUACAAGAGAUCCUUAAACGUAAAACUAUUCGUAAUAAGUUCUACGAGGUAUCAUUCCACGACGUUGCUAAUGCUUCGGCCAAGAUUUCGUUUAUAACUAACGUAAUGCAGGAGCACUUCAGCUCGCGGCCAGGUACUUACUACAGCGAUUCUCUAUUCUAUUUAUCCCUCGGCUUGUAUAAAAUAGCACCGGAAUACCACAGCAAGGUGAUAUUAUUGGACGUCGAUAUGAUAUUUCAAAACGAUAUCGAAAAAUUGUAUCGAUAUUUUGACGAUUUUGGUAACGAGACGUUAUUCGCCCUUGCUCCUGAGCUCAGUCCAGUAUAUCAUCAUAUCCUAUGGAAAUACCUACAGGUUAAUGAAAAUACGACUUUUGGUGCGCCUUUACCCGAUGGAUUUCCCGGCGUCAAUAGUGGAGUUGUUCUUAUGCACUUGGAUCGCAUCAGACAAUCGAAACAGUACGCUUACUACAUUUCUAAACCAUACGUAACGGAGAUAACUAAAAAAUAUAUUUUUCAAGGCCAUUUAGGAGAUCAAGACUUCUAUACUUUGCUGGCAGCUGAAAAUCCUCAUAUUGUGUAUCAGUUACCUUGCAACUGGAACCGUCAGCUAUGCCAGUGGUGGAAAAAUCACGGAUAUGCGAAUAUUUUCGAUAAAUUUUCACGCUGCGAUGGUCCUGUUUAUGUUUACCAUGGUAACUGCAAUACUCCUAUACCCGUCAAUUAGUAUUUUUAUCGUUAUGUUUCUUGUACCUCUAGUCAUUACGAGUUUGUAUUAUUAUUCUACGUGCAUUUUAUAAAUUUUCUAUUAAGUUUAUACUUUUGUGAUACUGUUUAUUUUAUUAUUUCUUUCUCAUUAUUAUCAUUUUUUCUUACCUACGUGAUAUUUUUUGUCAAAAUAAUGUUAUUUUAUAAAAUUCGAAUAUACUAUACUCAUUUUA